AUGGAAGCCACCUUCGACAACCGCUCCAACGUCCUCUCCGCGCAAAUCCGAACCAACCACGACCACUCUGUCGUCUACAAAGUCGUGACAGACCAAACGCGAUGGCGGCGUGAGCUUACUUUUUUGAAGGAUGCGAAUCCGGCAUUGGGAGACCCGCCUGUUGCUGGUGUUAUUCAUUGGAGGGAGAAGGUGUUUGAGGUUGGGGGUGUUAGGAAGAGUGUUGGGGAGGUUAGGAGGAAGCCGAAGGGGAUUAGUUUUAGCAAGGAGAGGUUUUGGAGGUGGUCGAAUGAUAGGAAGGAAUAUACUGUUGUGUAUCAUCAAGAGAAGGAGUGGCAGGUUCAAUGGAACAACGAAAUAGUGGCGACCUUCCAAGUCCCGUACCGCCCUAAACUAUUCGGCAAGACGAAGCCUAUGGUUUUGAAGAUGUGUCCUACUGCGUUGGAGAGGGAUGAGGUGUUUUUGCUUUUGGUUUUGAUUUAUUGUGAGGCGAAGAGGCAAGAUCGGAUGGCCCGUACGGUAUACCACCUGGAUUCCCGUAUGGACGACCCCGGCACGGCACGACUGACUCGUCCUCUUUCUCAUCCUCCGCAAGGACUAGAACUACAACUUCAAUCGUCAUCGCAACUACCGCAACCUUUCUCAAUCCAGAUACCGCAAUUACCAGUCCUACCUCCAGCGACACAACCGACGUAUUCGUAUACACCUGAACCUGAAGAUGAAGACCAAGGACUGCUACCACCACAACAACAGCAGGAACUGCGGCUACAAGUCCAGGCUCUCCAAGAGAAAUGUGAACGGUUACAGCGGGAGAGGGAUAGAUUUCGGGAUGAGUUGGAGAGUUUGAGGGUUGAGUAUAGGAGGGUGGAGGGGUUGAGAGGGAGGGAGACGGCGAGGAUGGGUGGAGGGAGGGAGACGAGUGGCUCUGCUAGUCCUGCUACGGUUGACUCGCCUGAACGGCACGAGGCAUCGAACGGUCAGAGUUUCAGGAUUCUGCAGAAACCUGAACCUCGAGAGGAUGUUCCGAGACCGAGCACGAGCGUUUUUUCUGCGAUUCCGAGUCAGACCAUGGGCCGGGAUCCUGUUCUUCCUGUUCCCGUCUCUGUGGCUGUUGAUGAUUCGAUAAACGUGCAUGAUUCGACGAGUCCACAAGCAUCGACAACUCUACAAGCAUCGACAACUCUACAAGCUACUACGAGCCGACAAGCUACGACAAGUUCACAAACUACUACGAGCCUGCGAGCUACGACUCAGCCACAAGCUUCGACGAGCAGUCGCAGUAGCAGUAGCAGUAAACCGCCACCCGCUGCUAAACCCCUUACGACGCUCAAACGUAUCAUCCUUCUGCCUCCAUCACCGUUCCAUAACGUCCCUCCUACCCUGUCGACGCGUAAUGCUUUGGUACCGGUUGACAAGACGAAGAAGCCGAAGGUGGUACCGAGGGAGAGGGAGUAUGCGAGGAGGACGAGUACGUCGAGGGUGGUUAGAGCCCGUAGUUCGGGGUCGCAGAAUGGGUGUAGAGCGAGUCCGGGGUCUUCGUCGAGUUCGAGUUCGAGUUUGGGAAGCGAGAGUGUGUCGGGUGGUAGAAGUGGGAGUGGAAAUGGAGUUGCUUCAAAUUCGGUGGUGGGGGCACGGGAUAGAGGAAGUAGUGUUGGCGUGAACGGUGUACAUGCCAAUGCCAGUCCAUGGUCGGUUGCGUCUUCCAGUUCGUCAAGUUCGGCGUCGACAUCUAGUGGACAGUCACAUAUUCACAAACGGGCGGUGGAGGAUGAGCUUCCGUAUGUUGCUGUUCCGUUGUCGAAGCGUCGUAGACGGGAGGAGAAGGAUGGUCGUGAUGCAAAGUCUGGUUCGAGAUCUAGGUCGCGAUCGAGUGGUCUUCGGGCUGCGUUUCCUGAUGAAGCUAGGACGUUGGGGGAGCUGCAAUCUGCAAGACGGCGGGCGGCGGGUAGUUCGGGUUCUGCGCAAGUUUGGUUGGAGCAGGAGGGGGAGAAGAGGGCGGAGCAGGCCUGGGCGCGGCGGCAUCCACCUCCACCAUCGCCGCCUCGAGAGCCUGGGCAGAAUCACCGCCCUGGUCAGGCCUCGCUCGACACACCUCCUAAUCUUACCUCUCCGAAUGGGCACCUUAAUGCUAUCUCGCCCAACACGCGCGCGACUCGCGCACUGAACUCGCAUCCUGCUCCCGCGUCUCCGACACAUUCGAACCUCCAUCCUCCAAAUACUCGUACGAACCUGAACACUUGUCUAAAUGGGCAUUCCAACACCUCCACCAUCUCCACGCUGAACCACGGCGAAGGUGUAGUAGACAGAGACGGAACCCGUAGCCGUAGCCGAGAUUCAGGGUCGUUCUCUCCAUUUGCAGAUUUGGUGUACCCAGAGGGGGAGGGUGAUAUUUAUGUCGAGCUGCCGCCUGUUUCUCGGGUGUCUUCGCCUGCGUUUGGUGAUUUUGCGACUUCGUUGCUGCAGACGGCAUCAUUGCCUCGAGCUGGGUCAUUGUCGCAAACUUCGGCGUUGCCUCAAGCUUCGACAUUGCCUCAAACUACGUCCUUGCCUCAAACGGCGCCCUUGCCACCAGGACCUCCACUUCCACCUCAGCCUGCUCUGCCACGAACAUCAUCACUUUCGCGAGACGUUUUAUUGUCGAGGGAGGCAAGGAGAGUUGACCCGCCUCCUCCCUCGGUUAGUGUUCUUCCAGAGGUGUUUGGUGAAGUUCCAGCGCGGGAGGAGCGGGUAGAAGAAGAACAGGAAGAGGAGGUUGCACGGGACGUCGGUGUUGGUGUGGACAGGGAGGUAGACGAAGAAGCAGACGCAGUUGCUCUGAAAGACGAAUCUUUAACUCCUACUCUUGUUCAUGAAGACGAGGCGAUUGUUGACGUUCAGAUGGGAGAGGAUGCGACGAAAGGAGAGGAGAUAAUAUAUGGGUUUGAAGGGGAGUGGGAAGAUGUGGAUGCAGAUGCGGAAGGUGAAGAAGAGGAAGAGGAUGUCCAGAUGGGAGAUGGUGAACUGGGAGCGGGAGUGGAACAGGGGGAAGAAGAGGAAGAGAUGAAGGUGGGGGUUGCUGAGCCUGAUGUCGAGGUUGAGCAUCUUGAAGAGGUGGUUCGGGAGGAGGUCUCGGUGCAACUUGAAGAAGAAUCUGUUCCGCCUGAAGGGUCUGUUCAGUCUGAAGAACUCGGAUACCCUGAAGAUCCUUUCCGAACGGAAGAACCUGGGUUCGGUGGUCAGCAUGAAGAGCUGGGCACAUCUGAGGAAUCUGGACAAAUGGAGAUGGUUGAAUCAGAAGAACAUGUCGAAACGGAGGAGCCUGUCGAACCAGAAGAGCCUGCCGACCCUGAAGAACCUGUCAAUCCUGAAGAGCGUGUCCAGCCUGUCGACAUUGUCCAUUUCGAGGAAGCAGUCCAGCCCGCCGAGGAGGAGCGGGAGGGCCAGGUUGGAACGGUGGGAAAUACGGAUGAUGCGGAGCCCAUCCGAGAGGAAGAGGUUGUUCAACUUGAGGGGGAGGAGCAAGAUGAGGGCCGGGAGGAGGAAGAGCAGGAGGUUCGCCUGGAGGAUUGGGAGGAAGAGCAGGUCAUUCGCCCAGAAAGUCCUGAGGGAGGGUCCCAGCCCCAGGAAGAGGAUGAAGGGAGCGACGAGGAAAUGCAGGUCGAUGAAGGCGAGGCUGAAGUUCAACCAGAGGACGAAGAACGCGACGGUUCGUUAAAGCGCGAACUCAGCGUCCAGUCAGAAGAGGAGGAUGAAUCGGAAGACGAAGAUGAGGGCGACCCUGCUGAAUCUGCUUCUGCCUUGAUAACGCGCGUCACGAGGUCCCGGACUGCAGAGAAGCGGCGGGCAGCAUCCACACCUCUCACUUCGGACCGACGAUCUACGCGCAGAACGAGGUCAUCGACGAAUUCACCUGUGAAGCAGAGGACGACGAGGUCAACGAGGUCAACAGCUUCCCCUUCGAAACAGCGGUCGAUGGCACCUCCUUCAGCACAGAGAUCGGCGUCUACCUCUUCGAGACAGCAGUCUACGAAGUCGCCUUCAAAAACGGCUUCCUUUCCGUCUGCAUCUAGGGCUAGCACUUCAACCGCGCCUUCAGGCAAAACUCCUACAGACUCUUCCUCCUCUAAGAACUCUUCCACCGAAAAGCCAUCCCCACCUUCAGCCUCUACCCGCACCGAACGAACAAAGCCAAGCACACCUUCAGCUUCUAAAAGCACUCGGACGUCCUCUGCAGCAACAAAAAGGUCGUCGAGGGUCAAGACGCAAUGGGAUCCUGUUUCGGGGACGAGGAAGUAUAUCGGGUUGGCACCGGAGGAGCUUAAGAGGAUGAAAGUUCGUAUGAGGUCUGGUCAGUUGCCGAGGAAUCGGAGUGGGCUUACGAGGAAGUGA